GAGCCGCAAACCCAUAUCUUUGAUAUAAUUCCUUCAAGGACAUUCCAAAUUUCCCAUAGAUUAUAAUGCAAACCUCGUCAUAUUUGAAUUCAGCUUUGAAUCUCUCUUGCUCGUGCUCUCCUAGUGUCCUUAGAAUAAUAUACUGAGACAAUGAUGCGUUACUACCAACGAAGACAAAGGCCGACACAAGUUUCGUCAGAGCUUCCCUUUGAAAUUAUCGUUGAGAUUUUGAGUUGGCUUCCUGUGCUGUCUUUGCUGAGAUUCAAGUGCGUGUGCAAGCAAUGGUUUUUGUUGCUUCAAGACUACAAGUUCAUUGCAAAACACAGAGAUCGGACCUGUUACACCCUCCCACCUUCUUAUCAUUGCGAACGGGAUAAAAAAUUGUUUGCGACUGUUUGCGAUGAAAAUUUCGUGCUUAAAUGUUGUUGUUCUGGCUUGUCUUUGGAGAAGAGUACAACAUCUCAAGUUUGCCGUAUUAGAAAUCCUGCAACCCGCAAAGUGCUUUACUUGCCUGAUGCACAAGUGUGUGACACAGAAUUUAUGGACCUCGGUUUCAAUUCACUAACUGGUGAGUGUAAAGUGUCAUGUGUUUAUUUCAAUAGGGCACAGAAAGAGGUAGGUGUUGAAGUGAUAACAGUUGGAAAGGACGAAACAUGGAGACCUUUGCACAAGCAAAACCAGAAUUGGCUGCGACGAGGCAAAGCGGUGCUGACUCAAUCUUGUUGUGGGGAAGAUAAGGUUGAAUGGGCUCUUCAUUUACCCGAAAUUAUAACCGAGGGGCAUGAUAUGUGCUUACAAAUUCAUUCUCUUGAUCUGUGGAGUGAAUGUCUCACCACUUCUACUCUGCCUGAAGGAGUUUUCGUAGAUUUGGAGAAUCUCCAGACGUUUCUUUGGGAUAACCGUCCAGCCGUUGCUGAUAUAGUAGGGGGAGACCUUCACAUCUUGGUGUUGGUAGACUUCAAGGAACACAAAUGGAGUCAAAACAAGAUCAUCGUUCCCUUGAAAAAUUUAAAGGUCGACGACACAAUUUUGACAGAUGAAAUUGUUAUUAAACGAGCUUGUUCAAAUACACUAAAGUUUCAAAAUGGAGCACAACUUAUUUCCUAUGACAUGGAAAAGAAGACUGUUAUGGUUUUUGACAGUUUAGAACUCUUGAAGAAACGAAUAGCUCUACUUAAGUCAACCCUCAUCUCUCUCAAGGAAAUGAGAUCAGAGAUUAACGGAGUACAAGACUAGUCGGAUUAUAAUUUCACUGCGCAUGGGCUCCUUGUUUUGCCAAAUUUCAUUUUUUCUGUUCAUCUUUUUAUACUGUUUUUGUUACAGUAAGUUUGAACUUUUUUAGUCACCAGUUGUAACAUAUAUAGCACUUAAUGCUAAGAUUUCACUACAUGUUUUGCUGAGUUUUGUGGAAACAUAGCUAGAGGCCCUUAAAUUU